UCUCCCUCGGGUUGCAUCGCUCAGCCAGCUCUUUUUCUCUCUCUUUUUCUCUCUUUUUAUUUCUUUCUCUCUCCCUCUCUGGUCUCUGCUGGUGGAUUUUGGUCUCUCUGUCUUUUAAAAAAAAAAUCUGGAUGCCCUCCCCUUUCCCCACCAUCUCAGAGACCCGGCUGGUCCCUCUCUCAGCUUGCAUCUAUCACUAUUAUGAUUAUUUUGGGCAGGCUGCUCCCGAGGGGGUGGGUUAUUUGGGGGGGAGAGGGUUGGGCGAGCGAGACGCACUAAGAGGCUCUGGAAGAAGCAGUCCGCAGCCAACUGAGACAUCGACAGGAGGGGGAGGAGCAGCAGCAGCAGCAGAUCCUUGCAGAGCCCCUGGUCGUAAAGUCCUCGACACCCAGCAGGAACACCAUGCCGCUGCUCCGGAGUCCCGAUGGUGGCAGAAACUAGGGGCCAGGACCUCUUCCUCUCCGUGACGCUCUCUCCGGCCCCGCCAUGUCUGCCACCCAGGGCAAUGGGGAGCACUGGAAGUCCCUGGAGUCGGUGGGCAUCAGCCGCAGCGAGCUGGCCAUGGCGGAGGCUCUGCAGAUGGAGUACGACGCCCUGACCCGCCUGCGGCAUGACAAGGAGGAGAGCCGGGCCAAGGGGCGGGCGGAGCCGCCGCUCAUCAGCUGGGACGGGCCCGUCCUGGAGUACUACGCCAAGCCGGCGGCCGGUGGCCGGAGGGAUGUCCAGCUGGUGCGGGGGCUGUCGGGCUCGGACCCCACCCUCAACUAUAACUCCCUGUCCCCACAGGACCUGCCACCCAACCGCUGCAGCUCAAGGGGCUCCCGGCCCGGCUCGGACCCCCAGCCCUGGUGCAAGGGGGCCCUCCCAGGGGACUACCUGUACAUCUUUGGCAGCUCUGGGGGGGGACUCUCCCUGCCUUUGGGUCCCCCAGAACUGAGCGACGGGGACUCCCCCAAGAAGCUGUCCCCUCCCCCGCUGCCCCCCCGUGGCUCCAUUUGGGCCGAGGCCCCCCAGCCCCAGGGGAAGGGCUCGCCCAACGACAUCAACACCUUCUCCUCGUCCCGGCCACCCCCCGGCAAGCUUCUGGGGCGGCAGAUCCUGGAGGAGGAGGAGCGGGAGGAGCAGGGGGAGGACCGGGGGGAUGGGAGCGGGGGCGGCCGAGGGGACCUGCUGGGGGCGAUGGACUUUGACGGCAUCAACGACGCCAUCACCCGCCUCAACCUGAAGUCGACGUAUGAUUCGGAGCUGCUGAGGGCCCCUGGCAGGGACUGGAAGGAGGGUCGGGGCAUUCUGAGCUUUGCCAAGGACACGCCUGGGAAGCCGGUGGCUCGGAGCAAGACCAUGCCCCCUCAGGUGCCCCCUCGCACGUACGCCUCCCGCUGUGCCAACCGCAAGAAUUCAGCGUCCAACAAGAACCGACGCAUCUCUGCUGAUCCGAUUGGCUCCCGGCCCCACUCUGCCACCAAUGGCUAUGAGCUGUUUGAGGUCUCAGAGGAGAGGGAUGAGGAAGUAGCCGCUUUCUGUCAUAUGCUGGAUGUCCUGCGGGCUGACUCCAACGUACAGGACUACUCCCUCACCGGCUACGUCUGGAGCGCCGUCAACCUGAGCCCGGAGCACCUGGGCCCCGGCGUCAGCCUGAAGGUCACGGUAGUGUGUGACUAUCUGCGGGAGCCAGUCACCUUCACCUGUGACUGUUCCUCCACCGUGGAUCUCCUCAUCUACCAAACCCUGUGCUAUACUCACGAAGAGCUGCAUGACGUGAACGUGGAUGACUUUGUGCUGAAGCUUUGCGGGCUGGAGGAGUUCUUGCAGAACAAAGAAGCCCUAGGUAGCCACGAGUACAUCCAGCAGUGCCGGAAGUUUGACGUUGACAUCCGGUUGCAGCUGAUGAGGCGCAAGGCAGUGGGCAGUGAUCUGGCCAGGACGGCAAAUGAUGACCAGAGCCCCUCCACCCUGAACCACUGUGUCCGUCUCCAGGAAAGGCCCGUGAAGCAGACUAUUAGCAGGCAGGCCCUGAGUCUCCUCUUCAACACUUACCAUGAUGAGGUGGAUGCCUUCCUGAUGUCUGAGGGAGACUUCUCACCAAAGGCCGAGCGGGUGGUCCAAUCCGUAAUGGCCAUCUGCAAUGCCUUGGCAGCCGUGGAAUCCCCAGAGAUCACCAGUGCCCUCAACCAGCUGCCACCAUGCCCCUCCCGCCUGCAGCCCCAAAUCCAGAAGGAUUUGAGUGGCCUGACCGUGAGGGAGAACCGAGAGAAGGUGGUGGAGUCCCUGACUGCCGCCAUCCUGGAGCUGGUGGAGCUGUACUGCAACACGUUCAACGCCGACUUCCAGACCACGGCGCACGACAGUCGGAAACACGCCCUGGUGCAAGAGGCCUGCUUCCUCCCCAGGCCCCUGUCCUUCACAGUCUAUGCUGCCCAUCGCAUUCCCAUCACCUGGGCCACCAGCUAUGAAGACUUCUACCUCUCCUGCUCCCUCAGCCAUGGUGGCAAGGAGUUGUGCCGCCCCCUGCAGACCCGCAAGGCGCAUGUUUACAAAUACCUCUUCCACCUCAUUGUCUGGGACCAACAAAUCUGCUUCCCGAUUCAGGUGAACAGGCUGCCCCGGGAGACGCUGCUGAGCGCCACCCUCUAUGCCGUGCCCAUCCCGCCCCCUGGCAGCUCAUCUGAGGCCAACAAGCAGCGCCGAGUCCCUGAGGCCCUGGGCUGGGUCACCACCCCGCUCUUCAACUUCAGGCAGGUCCUGACCUGUGGUCGAAAGCUGUUAGGCCUGUGGCCGGCAACCCAGGACAACCCCAGUGCCCGCUGGAGUGCCCCCAACUUCCACCAGCCAGAUAGCGUGAUCCUGCAGAUUGACUUUCCCACCUCCACCUUUGACGUGAAGUUCACCAGCCCCCAAGGGGCAGAAUUCAGCCCCUGCUACGAAUUUGGCAGCCUGGGGGAGGAGGACCAGCGCAAGCUCAGGGACAUCAUGCAAAAGGAGUCUCUGUACUGGCUGACGGACGCGGACCGGAAGCGGGUGUGGGAGAAACGCUACUACUGCCAUGCGGAGGUGAGCUCCCUGCCCCUGGUUCUAGCCAGCGCCCCCAGCUGGGAGUGGGCCUGUCUGCCCGACAUCUACGCCCUGCUGAAACAAUGGACCCACAUGAACCACCAGGAUGCCCUGGGGCUCCUGCAUGCCACUUUCCCAGACCAAGAAGUGCGUCGGAUGGCUGUACAGUGGAUUGACUCCAUCUCUGACGCCGAGCUGCUGGAUUAUUUACCCCAGCUAGUGCAGGCUCUCAAGUAUGAAUGUUACCUGGACAGCCCCUUGGUGCGCUUCCUCCUGAAGAGAGCAGUUUGCGACUUGCGCAUCACCCACUAUUUCUUUUGGCUGCUGAAGGAUGGCCUGAAGGACUCGCAGUUCAGCAUUCGCUACCAGUACCUGCUGGCCGCCCUGCUGUGCUGCUGUGGGAAGGGCUUGCGGGAAGAGUUCAACCGCCAGUGCUGGCUUGUCAACACACUGGCCAAGCUGGCCCAGCAGGUUCGGGAGGCCGCCCCUUCGGCCAGGCAGGCAAUCCUCCGCUCAGGGCUGGAGGACGUGAAGCAGUUCUUCAUCCUCAAUGGCUCCUGCCGUCUGCCCCUCAGCCCCAGCCUCUUGGUGAAAGGCAUUGUGCCCCGGGACUGUUCCCACUUCAAUUCCAAUGCUGUGCCCCUGAAGCUGUCCUUUCAGAAUGUCGACCCCUUGGGAGAGAACAUCCGUGUCAUCUUCAAGUGUGGGGAUGACCUGCGGCAGGACAUGCUGACCCUGCAGAUGAUCCGCAUCAUGAACAAGAUCUGGGUGCAGGAGGGGCUGGACAUGCGCAUGGUCAUCUUCCGCUGCUUUUCCACGGGCCGCGGGCGGGGGAUGGUGGAGAUGAUUCCUAACGCGGAGACUCUGCGCAAGAUCCAGGUGGAACACGGGGUGACGGGGUCUUUCAAGGACCGGCCACUGGCUGACUGGUUGCAAAAGCACAACCCUGGGGAAGAUGAAUAUGAGAAGGCGGUAGAGAACUUCAUCUACUCCUGUGCUGGCUGCUGUGUGGCCACCUACGUGCUGGGCAUCUGCGACCGACACAACGACAACAUCAUGCUCAAGACCACCGGCCACAUGUUCCACAUCGACUUCGGCCGCUUCCUGGGCCACGCCCAGAUGUUUGGGAACAUCAAGCGAGACCGCGCCCCCUUUGUCUUCACCUCAGACAUGGCCUACGUCAUCAACGGGGGAGACAAGCCUUCCAGCCGCUUCCACGACUUUGUGGACCUCUGCUGCCAAGCCUACAACCUCAUCCGCAAACACACUCACCUCUUUCUCAACCUGUUGGGCCUGAUGCUAUCCUGUGGAAUCCCUGAGCUGUCGGACCUGGAAGACCUCAAAUACGUGUAUGAUGCCUUGAGGCCCCAGGACAGCGAAGCCAAUGCCACCACCUACUUCACCAGGUUGAUUGAGUCCAGCCUGGGCAGUGUAGCCACGAAGCUCAACUUCUUCAUCCACAACCUGUCGCAGAUGAAAUUCACGGGCUCAGAUGAUCGGCUGACCCUCUCCUUCGCCCCCCGCACUCACACCCUCAAGGGCACCGGCCGCAUCAGUGAUGUUUUUCUCUGUCGCCAUGAGAAGGUCUUCCACCCUAAUAAAGGCUAUAUCUACGUGGUCAGGGUGCAGCGGGAGAAUGCCCGUGAGGCCUUCUACAUUCAGCGGACCUUCGAGGAGUUCCAGGAGCUGCAUAACAAGCUGCGUCUGGUCUUUCCCUCUUCCCAUUUGCCCAGUUUCCCCAGUCGUUUUGUGAUUGGCCGCUCCCGAGGUCAGGCUGUUGCUGAGCGGCGGAAGGAGGACCUGAAUGGCUACAUCUGGCACCUGAUCCAUGCGCCUUCUGAGGUGGCAGAGUGUGACCUGAUCUACACGUUCUUUCACCCUCUGCCCCGGGAUGAGAAAGCCGCAGGCAUCAGUCCAGCCCCCAAGUCCUUAGACGGCACAUGGGCCCGGCCGGUGGCCAAGGUGGGAGGGGAGGUGAAGCUCUCCAUCUCCUACAGAAAUAACAAGCUCUUCAUCAUGGUCAUGCACAUCCGGGGCCUGCAGCCUCUCCAGGAGGGAAAUGACCCCGACCCCUACGUGAAGAUUUACCUCCUCCCGGACCCCCAGAAAACCACCAAGAAGAAGACCAAAGUGGCCCGGAAAACCUGCAACCCAACCUACAAUGAGAUGCUGGUGUACGACGGGAUCCCCAAGGGUGACCUGCAGCAGAGGGAGCUUCGCCUUAGUGUGUUGAGUGAAGCAAGUUUCUGGGAGAAAACCCUCCUGGGUGAGGUGUGCAUCUGCCUGCGGGAGCUGGACCUGGCCCAAGAGAAGAAGGGCUGGUUUGCGCUGGGUUCCCGAAGCCACGGGACCAUGUGAGCCCAGCAGAGCCGUGGCCUGGGGGCCCGGAGGAGGAGGAGGAGAAGGAAGAGGAUGGGGAGAGUGGACCUCCCUGCCCCUUCCCACCCUCUCCAUCAAGAACAAGCCCCUGAGGGGCCGUGGAGGGAGGGGCCUUUCCCCCGGUCACAUGGGUCUAUCCUCUGGACUGGGGGAGAGAGCAAAAUGUUCUCUCUCCUUCCCCUUCACACUGUGAACUUGGGUCAUGAGGGGCUGCUGCGUAGCCACCGUGAAGGCUGAAACAGAAUUUUAAGUUUACCUUGUGUCAAGGGAACAAUAACUGGAUUUAGGGUGGGGACCGGAGUAGUGCCGAGCAGGUAUCUGAGGUGAUGUGGGUUCUUUUUUUGUGGGGGGUGGAUAUUGUUAUUUUUUAUUUUUAAAAAAUGAAAAAGUAGUUUUGUCCUAACUGGACAGGAAGCCUGUUGAAAAGGGACAUAUCUCUGUGGGAGUGAGAGGGUGGGGGUUGUCUUUGGGGUUUUUGUAUCAUUGAUAAGGUUCUUACUGGACUUGUCCCCAGGGUUUUUUCUACGUAGAGGAUUAGAGCCCUCCUCCCCUCUGGGGGCAGGUGGGGGAGGGGGUGGGGCACGGACUAGCACCACUGCCUGCUCCUCUGUGGCCCCUCAGAGAUUUUGCUUCCAAAGGAGAGCUGUAUGAUUCGUACCCGUGUAAGCCAGGGCCUUCCGCCCGCCCUGCUGGAGGGCCCUAUUCCUACUGGGGCCGGGCUGGGGGCGAUUUCUCAGGACCCUCCCCAGGACUCACCACUGGUGUCUUCCGCCCCUUUCCCUUGCCCCGGGCCCUGGGGCCGGAUCUGAGUUCUGGGAGUGACUCCCUGCUCCUCUCUUCCUCCCCGUGCCCCAUCUUCCCCAGGCGGGAAGAGUGCUGUCAGUCUGGCCCUAGGGUCAAUCAGGUGUCCGCCUGACUGCUUUCCAGGUGGUUCUGGGAAGAUUCCCUGCCACCCUGUUUUGCUCAUUUUUUUGUUUGUUUGUUUGUUCCUGGCAUUCGCCCCCUCUCUCCUCCCCACCUGGAACUGCGGCUGUUUCUUGAAUGGUGAGAAGUGGGGAUGAGUGAGAAGUGCCUCCUGGAGGCUUGGACUGCUGCUUCUUCCCCCCCACCCUCCACACCCAACCUCGCGACUCUCUCCCAAGUCGGGAGGAGAGACUCUCUGAGCCACCCGACCAGGAUGGUCUCCCAGCCUCUCAGCUAAGAUGAACGCGAGGCCAAUCUGUUCCCCUUCGACGGGGGAUCAGGACCACAAGGCCUUUUUCCUCCACCUGGAGGAGACGCCUGGAACUUGAAAACGUUUGUGCCCCCAAGGGCAGGAAGCUGGUCAAACAGAAACUUCUUCUCCCUCUGCUCCCAGGAAGGAAGGGGAAGAAGGAGGCCUUUUAAGAAACUCAUUACCUGGGUUGUGGGCAGAGCCAUGAAUCCCUGUUUCCCCUGUCCCACAGUGGGUCCCAAGGUCUGUGCCCACCCAGUAAACCGACAAGCCUCUUCCAAGGGCUCAAACUGACCUUGGCGGAGCUGAUUCCAAACCCCUGUAUGUGUGCAUGCAGCCCCAGGGCUUGACAUAGAAGGUCUCUCUCUUUUAUUUUUGAACAAAGAAGGACAAAAGUUGUAAUGCAGCUGCCGGACUCUCGUCUGUGACUUUCUGUAGCAGGAAGGCUGGGAUGGCCACUCUCCUGACUCAGUGGACUGAGAUGUGUACAGCCACUGGUGCGUUUUAUUUUAUCUUGAUCUUUUAAUGAUCCUGAUUAAAUUAGGUCCCCAGCUGAAUCCAUGUGUGUGGGUGUGUCACUCCCCGAAAGUGUUUUCCAAGAAACGAUAUUCGCGGAAGAGAAAACCACCGACCACAGAGAGGCGUCGGGAGGUUUGGGUUCCAAACAACUGAUCCACAAUAAAUAUUUUGUCAUCUACCCGGGCACGUUCCGUAGUUUCAGAGGAAUUGUUAUUAAAACUGCCGAGGAUUGUGGCUCGGCCUCAGAAUUUUCA